CUUCUCUUACGAACUCGCCCCUCCUCUACGAAACCGAAACCCUUCCUUCUAUAUCCCGAAAAAUUCAAUAGCCAGGUUUACAAGUUCGAUUCCUGGCUCCCGUUAAUUAAGGCCAAGCUACGAGUUAAUAGUAAGGCUAUUAGUAAUACUACUACUCAGUUCUACUACGUCUACCUUAAUCUAGAAUCUUAUAUCCAAGUAAUAGUUCUUCCCCAGCUUUCCCAGGCUAAAGAUAAUUAA